AUGGCGCGUUCUUGCUCCUGCGCCCUCCGCCUCCUCUUCUUGGCGUCCCUGCUCCUCCUCUGCUCCGCCCCGCCGCCGCCACCGCCACCGCCAGGACGCGGGAGCGCGAGCCCCGCGGAGCUGACGGCCGCCGACGAGGCGGUCCUCGCCAGGAUGUGCAACCCGCGCGCUGGCCCGCGCCCGGCGUGGUGCGAGGAGCUGCACCUGAUCAGGCGGCGCGCCCUGAGGGGAGGCGCGCGGCACCGCCACGGCGGCCACCACCGCCACCACCACCAGCAGGGCGCGCCCGCGGUGCCGCUGCCCCCGCCGGGCCGCGACGAGGUCGACAUGCGCUACGGAGUCUCCAAGCGGCGCGUCCCCACGGGCCCCAACCCGCUGCACAACUGA